AUGGCAAAUUCAACGGCUGUUACCCGCGCCAUUGUGACUCGCGGUCCGGCAAAAUCGACUCCGUGGAAGGUAGAAAAUAUAUCACUUCGCCCGCUUGCGAAAACGGAAUUACUAGUAAGAGUUGUGGCGACAGGAAUUUGCCAUACAGACCUGCUUAUUUCGGAGGUGGGGCAUUUAUUUGGAGGGUAUCCUAGGAUCCUGGGCCAUGAAGGAGCUGGAUAUGUCGAAGAUAUCGGAGCAGGAGUCACUGUUGCAAAGCGGGGAGACCCCGUUAUUCUCUCCUUCGCAUCGUGCGGGGCAUGUGGCCUAUGCUCAAGCGAGCAUCCGGCACACUGCACAAGGUUCAGCGAACUCAACUUCGUUGGAUCGAUGGACUUUUCCGUCUCUUCGUCAGGUCAACAAGAACCAUCCAUACGCGGCUCCUUCUUCGGUCAAUCCAGUUUCUCCAACAUCACCGUCGCCGCUGAGAGCUCCAUUGUCAAUGUGAGCGGUCUCGUCCACUCCUCGGACGAACUAAUACUCUUCGCGCCGCUGGGAUGCAGCGUACAAACUGGAAGCGGAUCAAUUACCAACGUCGCCAAUGCCGGUCCAAGAGAUGCCAUUGCUGUCAUGGGCCUUGGUGGGGUGGGCCUCAGUGUAAUCAUGGCUGCAAAGAUAAGGGGUUGUAAGGUUAUCAUCGGCAUUGAUCUGGUUGAAAGUCGUACGCGACUGGCGCAGGAACUUGGAGCGACCCAUGUCAUCAAUACGACAGCUACAGGCGGCGACAUGCAGAAGCUCAUACAACGUGUAUUCGACCAGACAGAUGGGCGUCUUGGAACGACGAUCACCAUUGAUACGACAGGUGUCCUACCUCUUAUUGAAGCUGGGAUUGCUUUUACGGCGUCCCGAGGUCAGUAUAUACAGAUAGGAAGUCCAGCUCCAGGGACAGAAUUGAACAUCCCCCUUGCAUCUCUGAUUGUAAGUGGGAAAAGCAUUACAGGGACGAUUGAAGGCGAUACGGUGUCGAGAGAGUAUAUACCACAGAUGAUCCAGUGGUACCGAGAGGGAAAGUUACCAUUAGAAAAAUUGGUUAAAAAGUUCAAAGUUGAGGAUUUUCAGCUGGCGUUGGAGGAGAUGGCCGACGGCCUCACGGUCAAGCCUGUUCUUGUUUGGUAA